GAUCAUCGUCGAGUGUCGCGCGAGCGUGCGCGCCCGUUUCCAAAAGCAUAACUCUCUGUAUUUCGUUUUUCGAAGGUAACCGGGACUUCCUGGUGAUCAUUAUUAACCCUGGCAGCGAUUACUGUAAGCAACGUGGUCUCGUCGUCAUCCUCGACAACGAGAGGCGGGAUUGCUCAGGAACGGUUAGCGGCGACUGGCCGAAUUGCAAAGGAGAAACGAAGAGGAAAAGGAGGAGAUAAAGCAGCGAGUCGCAAAGUCGCGCCCCGUAUAUCGAUACGAAUGACGAAGAUGCAGCAACACCCGGUGCAGGCGGCGCCGCGGAUCACGCACGAGGACCACAUACUGGAGGCGAUCGAUCAACUCCGUCGACGUAAAGCGCGUCCCGAUGCUGAUCGCAUAUGCAACUAUUUGCUCCGCAAUUACGCGGUGGACGCGCGUGACACGAUCGCCGAUCUUCAUCGAUUGAUCGAGGUCGAGAAGGUGAUACAGGUUGACUACAAGGGUAAUACCAGUUACCGUAAUGCAAAGAAGUGGACGCGACUGCAACUCUUUAAGAAUCGACCGGAAGGUUUCCUCAAGGAGAAACUCAACUCGAGCAUGGUGUCGAGUGCGGUCGCCGAGCUCGUAGUCGAGGAGCCCGAUUACCUUGACCAGGGCGUCCCCGCCGGUCGUCUCAUCGAGCAGCUUCUCGACGGUGUCUCGAGCCCGACGUCGCGCCGGGUGGUCGAGGAGUUUCUCGGCCGGGAGGUCGCGUGCGGCAAUCUCGCGCGCCUGGCCAACGGCAAUUACUCGCUGGUGGCGACGUCCGACAUGACGACGGACGCGACACCGUCGCGACGCGGCGGCGACUCGCAGCCGUCCUCCUCCGCGGCGGUUGCCUGCGUCCUGGAGCACGGCAACGCGACGCAGCGGCGUGUCGGUAAGGAGGCUGCUACCAACGGCACCGUCAGCACCAACGGUAUAACGACCAAGGCGACUAAGACAGCGGCAGCGAUCGCAGCAACGGCGGCUGAGCUGUACGAGUUCAACGAGACGGAUAACCUUACCGACACUACGUCAAACACAUCGCGAUCGUCCUCGCGACAGGCCAACGAUAGUCCGAAACUGGAUCGGCAACUGCAGCAGCAGAAUUCCAUCAAAAAGAAGGAAUGCUACGAGGUCAACGACAAGAAAAACGUCGAACGCGGCGUUAUCGCGUCGCCACUAUCCGUCGAGGUGGCAUGCAACGGCGGCGUCGUCGACGGUGAAAAACGGGAACGCAGUUCUCUGAUAAUAGCAACGCCAACGUCGACGACUGUGGAAAACUAUAUCGUCGUCAAGGACGAACCAAAGAGCAACGAUGUACAGAAGACUACGUCUAACCUUAAAAGGUCUGCAAAGGCCGAGCGCAAGCAACGUCUGUUCGCCAGAACGGACGACCGUAUGGACAUUGAAAUUAAGUUCGAAGACUACCAACAGAGCAAGGAUGAGCGAGAGAAACGCGAGGAAACUGGUCGACGAUCCAGCGAAGAUCACGAGGAUGAAGAUGCUGGUAGAAGCUCGUCGACGAAUACAUCCCCGACUCCGUCCAAUGUAAAUGCUUCUGGAUUUCGCAGUGCCAGAAGAAAGAGAGCUAGAAAAGUAUUUGAUCCUUCGGAUAAUAAUUUGGUGAAACGCAAACGAGGCAGACCAGGUCAUAAAAAUUCAUUGAUACAAGAUCAGGAUUCUAAGACAUCUGUCAAGGAUGGACCAUUUAGGCAAUGCAGCCUAUGCGCCAAAGAGAAACAAGAGGCUCUCGUGGCUUGUAGAGACUGCACAGUGCGAGCACAUCCGAGUUGUAUUUAUAGUCCGGAGGAAAUGCUACAAAAAGCCAAUAGCAAUUGGCAAUGUGAACGCUGUAAGACUUGCGCAGUGUGUUGUGAAACUUCUGACGCUGGUCCGUUAGUGACUUGUUAUAAUUGCGAUGACGCCUAUCAUUAUUUUUGUCAUCCGUCCCGCGUUACGAUAAAAUCCAACUCUAAAUGGCAUUGCAAUGAGUGCACGCAAAAACAAUUGAGCAAAAUGAACGACAGUCAAAACACUCAUUCGAUCAAUGGAACAAGCAGACCGGACAGCCCGUCGAGCACAACUAUCUUACCACCGGUUCUAAGUCCACAGGUCUCUCCUAUGAGGGGUUCUUCCGAUCAGAUUGAAGAAGAUGGUCCCAAAGGACCCAUUGAUUUAAAUAUUCCUGACGCAAGAAAUUGGACUUCCGAACAAGUGUAUCAAUACUUUGCUAGGUUAUUUCCUAAGGACGCUGAAGUCUUCCGGCAGCAGGAUAUAGACGGUCACGCACUUCUAAUGAUGAGUCGAAAGGAUGUUGUGAGCGGACUUAAUUUGCUAUUAGGUCCUGCCUUGAAAAUAUAUCGACAUGUUUUGAAGCUUCAGUUUCGUAGGGACGAUCCUGAAUUAUAUUGGCAAUAAUACUUACGAAUUUUGCUUGACGUUGAUCUCUAUUAUGUCGCGUACAUAUUUGAUAAGAUUUAAUUUAUACUUCACAAAUUAAAUCUUUUAGAUCAUGAUUGUGACACAUUCUAAUUUGUAAGCGAUUUCUACAGUUGUACAUAUGAUAAAUAUCGCUGAAGACUUUUCUUAUAAAUAAGAAUAUUUUAGAGGUAUGUGCUCCUAAUAACAAUAAUAAUAUUCUACCGAAUGUUCAAGGUGGAAACUUGGUUUAAAUCCUCCUUCUUGGGUUACAAUUAGCACGUUAUCUGAAAAAAUGCGGAAACGCUUUCAAACUCUAUUAGCAAUAAUAUAGAUAAUCUUGCAUAAAUUCAAUCUUAGCGAUAUCAUGCAUAUGAUCUUUUUAUAAAUUACGAGUCUAAUUCGAUUUUAUGGCACGCUCCGUAUUGUACAGAUAUACAUGAAACAUUGUUAAGAUCUCCCGUGAACAAUUUAUCGCAAGCCAAACUGGUAUCGAUCUGUAAAUGUAUGUGCAUGUUGCGAUUAUAUACACUUGAUGUACAUUCCGCCUUUUUCAUGUGCGGUAUUUUGUAAAAAGGAGCAGAUAAUUUCUAUUUACAAACUGUUACUUGUUAACGUUAAAUUUAAACUUAUAUCAAGAACUCUACUCGCAGUUUGUUUUACCAAAAUAAGCAGAUGGACAUGUUAAACGGAAAAGAGAAUCAUCGACUGAUUGUGCGCGAUUUUGCGUCGCGUAAACUUACAUUUUAUUUUCAUAAGUUUUACAUACAUAAAUAAUACAUUUAUUUGUCAGAAUUUAGUAUAAGAUGUUUAACAGACUCUAGUAUAAGAUACUUAUACUGUUUAAAAAACACAAUACUUUGGUUUUACAU